GAGAUGAACGCUGCAGCCAGCAGCUACCCCAUGGCCUCCCUGUACGUGGGCGACCUGCACUCGGACGUCACCGAGGCCAUGCUGUACGAAAAGUUCAGUCCUGCGGGGCCUGUGCUGUCCAUCCGGGUCUGCCGCGAUAUGAUCACCCGCCGCUCUCUGGGCUAUGCCUACGUCAACUUCCAGCAGCCAGCUGACGCUGAGCGGGCCUUGGACACCAUGAACUUUGAUGUGAUUAAGGGAAAGCCAAUCCGGAUCAUGUGGUCUCAGAGGGAUCCCUCUUUGAGAAAAUCUGGUGUGGGAAAUGUCUUCAUCAAGAACCUGGACAAAUCUAUAGAUAACAAGGCACUUUAUGAUACUUUUUCCGCUUUUGGAAAUAUUCUGUCCUGCAAGGUGGUGUGUGAUGAGAACGGCUCUAAGGGUUAUGCCUUUGUCCACUUCGAGACCCAAGAGGCUGCUGACAAGGCCAUCGAGAAGAUGAAUGGCAUGCUCCUCAAUGACCGCAAAGUGUUUGUAGGGAGAUUCAAGUCUCGCAAAGAGCGUGAAGCUGAACUUGGAGCCAAAGCCAAGGAAUUCACGAAUGUUUAUAUCAAAAACUUUGGGGAAGAGGUGGAUGAUGAGAAUCUGAAAGAGCUAUUUAGCCAGUUUGGUAAGACUCUCAGUGUCAAGGUGAUGAGAGAUCCCAGCGGGAAAUCCAAAGGCUUCGGCUUUGUGAGUUACGAAAAACACGAGGAUGCCAAUAAGGCCGUGGAAGAAAUGAAUGGAAAAGAAAUCAGUGGGAAGGCUAUAUUUGUAGGCCGUGCACAGAAGAAAGUAGAACGGCAGGCUGAGCUAAAGCGGAAAUUUGAACAGCUGAAACAGGAGAGAAUAAGCCGAUACCAGGGUGUGAAUCUCUACAUUAAGAACUUGGAUGAUACCAUUGAUGAUGAGAAAUUAAGAAAAGAAUUUUCUCCUUUUGGCUCAAUCACCAGUGCUAAGGUGAUGCUAGAGGAUGGAAGGAGCAAAGGGUUCGGCUUCGUCUGCUUCUCUUCCCCUGAAGAAGCAACCAAAGCAGUCACUGAGAUGAAUGGACGCAUUGUUGGCUCCAAGCCUCUGUAUGUUGCCCUGGCCCAGAGGAAGGAAGAAAGAAAGGCUCACCUGACAAACCAGUACAUGCAGCGGGUGGCCGGGAUGAGAGCACUCCCUGCCAAUGCCAUCUUGAAUCAGUUCCAGCCUGCAGCUGGUGGCUAUUUUGUGCCAGCAGUUCCACAGGCUCAGGGAAGACCUCCAUAUUACACCCCUAACCAGUUAGCACAAAUGAGGCCUAACCCACGCUGGCAGCAAGGCGGGAGACCUCAAGGCUUCCAAGGAAUGCCAAGUGCCAUUCGCCAGUCUGGGCCUCGUCCAACUCUUCGCCAUCUGGCUCCAACUGGUAAUGCUCCGGCCUCUCGUGGCCUCCCUACUACCACUCAGAGAGUCGGGUCUGAGUGCCCGGACCGCUUGGCUAUGGACUUUGGUGGGGCUGGUGCCGCCCAGCAAGGGCUGACUGACAGCUGCCAGUCUGGAGGUGUUCCCACAGCUGUGCCCAACCUAGCACCUCGCGCUGCAGUUGCUGCUGCUGCUCCUCGGGCUGUGGCACCCUACAAGUAUGCCUCCAGUGUCCGCAGCCCCCACCCUGCCAUACAGCCUCUGCAGGCACCGCAGCCUGCAGUCCAUGUACAGGGGCAAGAGCCUCUAACAGCCUCCAUGCUGGCUGCAGCACCCCCCCAAGAACAGAAACAGAUGCUGGGAGAACGUUUGUUUCCCCUUAUCCAAACAAUGCAUUCAAAUCUGGCUGGAAAGAUCACAGGGAUGCUGCUGGAGAUCGACAACUCUGAGCUGCUGCACAUGCUGGAGUCCCCAGAGUCCCUCCGCUCCAAGGUAGAUGAAGCUGUAGCAGUUCUACAGGCUCAUCAUGCCAAGAAAGAAGCUGCCCAAAAGGUGGGCGCUGUUGCUGCUGCUACCUCUUAGACAAGGAAAAACGAGUCAAAAGCCAAAUAACCCCUCAUGGAAUUCAGCUUGAGGUUUGAAGAUUCCUAGCUUGUCCUAUGGACCUCAACACCAAGAAUCACAGUUGCAAAUGUCAUAGGUCAUUUUGUAUCAAAAGGUCAAUUAUGAUGCACCUAGAAUUUUUCAAUUAUAAGAAUAUAUUCUCUGGGUUCUGUGGCCCAGUGUUAACUUUUUUUUCUAUUGUGGGUUUUGGUUUUUUUCCCUCCAGAAAUUGGUUUUAUUUGACGUAACCAAGUCUUAAGUUUCUCAAUAAAGGAAAAAAAAACCAUGAAA